AUGUCUAGCUCGAGUGGCUCCCCAGGUCGACGACCUGAGGUGGACUCAGCUGGAUUCAAUUGGAGAUCGGAAAUGGAUACGAGCAUCGACUUUGACGAGGCGGCUGGUAUCGCAACGUUUCCUUUUGGCAAUAGAUAUUCUAUACGCGAACUUCUACCAGGGUCGAAAAACGCCGUCACCAAGGCACUGAAAACGUCAUCGAAGCUCUCAUUGCGUGGCUGCUCGGCUCGGGGCCAGAGUUACGUGUUCCUCAUUUCAGAAACCAUAGAACACCAUGUCAGAGCUCCUUACGGCGGCGGUCCUUAUGAUGGCCCUAGCUGCACAUGCCGACAAGAUGAGCGGAGUGUUGGACUUCAACACCCUUGCCGACAUACGCUUUGGCUUUGCGAUCAGAUACUGAGUCAGCUAGUCCCAUUACAAAGUGACCCUCACAGCUGGCGAGAAGAUGGAUAUACCACGAAACACGGUAAUGUUUGCGACUUCAUAUCCGACUUUCAUUUCGACGUAUUAGCCGACAGUCUUCGUUGCGAUAUCGUGGCGGGAGAGUCUUCAGGGCCCAGACCACACAGAAUUCAGACAGCCCGCGAGGUCCUCGCAACAUUGUCUGGAAGCCCCGUCGACCAGUAUCGGCCAGACCUCACAAGUGAGUCUGAAGAAAAGACAAUAGUGAAGGAAGGCGACCUGGAGGCAACCAUAUUCCGCAUGUUGCUUCAGAGCGACUCGCUACUCUCAUACUUCCUAGCAUUGAUGCGAGAUCACGAGCGACUUAAUCCUCGGUUCAGGCGAUUCCGCGAUCGUGCUGACUCUGCACUAGAGGCCUUCGACAAGUAUAUCAAAGCUUCGGAUCUAAGGAGGGUUGAACUGUCGAAGGACCCACAGUGGUGCUACAAAACGUUCAAAGACAUCUCGAAGCAAAUCAGGUCUAUUAUCCUUUAUUCUGAGAGGGAUCUCGACGCCUCCGAUCGACGUGCCGCAGCCAGUACUUUAGUCUAUAUCUUGGAUCAAGUCGUCAGUCGCAAUGAAGACCAUGAAGUUAGACGCGGUAAUCCUGACGAAGGUCAACUGGAGAAUUCGAGAAAGAUCAACCUCUGCAAAGAACUCAUUGUUGAGUCAAGCCACGAUUUUAUUCUCGAUAUCUUAGAUGAACUUCAAGAGUCUGUCAGCCAUUUGCUGCCCGAGCUAGAUCGAAUCGAGCGAGUCCUCGCCAACACCAACGUUCCCGCGUCUUAUUGCAAUAAACUCAGGGAUAUAAUCAUACGCUUGCGCAGUGUGCGAUCUAGAGUAGAAUCCGGACCUACGGAGAGCUCUCGGAAGCGUACAAGUCAUGAUGGCGACCGCCCCCCAAAACGUGUCAAAUGA